AUGGCUGCUAUUUUCGCGAAUGGUCUGAUACAGAACACGGCCAACUGGAAUUUCUUCUGCGACGAGAGCGAAUGGGUCCUCGACCCUAAUGUCCCUUCUACUGUUAAACAAGAAUUUUGGAUGAUCAAGGACCUACUUGCUAGUCCUCGCAAGCAAAAAGUGUCCGCGUCUCUUUGUACGAUCCCACGAGAUUAUAAGGCUGGAUUCGGUGGUGGGCAAGCGGAAGCGGUCACGUUAACAGCCAAACACGCUCAGGAGUUACUCCUCACGCAUGAGUUCACCCACGGGGAAAGCCAAUUUGGUGCUUAUUAUGGAAGGGAUAUAAAGUAUGGCUGGGUAGACGUCGUUCAGCUUGCUAAAGACGACAACGCUCAGACUGAUGCUACAAAGUCAGACUGUCAGCAAUGCUGGUACAAUUUCUUUUUCUGA